AUGCCGUGGGCAUCCUCAUCAGACAUCUCCUCAGAAGAUGCCUAUCCAAUGCGACCGCUUCCCCAGAACGGAGCAUUCCAUCGUCGGUCACCUCGGAUGCCCAAAUACUCGGACACCAUUCUUCACACCUAUUCGUGCCGCAAAUUAUCCACGUCUAUCCCGGCGCCUCUCGAUCGCCGUCAGGGAAGAAGCUGCGAGUUCCACACGUCUGAUGAUGAUCGACACGAUCGCUAUGACAACCCGAUUGCUCAGGUCUCCUCCGACAUCCUCCGCGUCUCCGGCUACACCCAACAAUUCCGGAGCCUUCUGACCGCUCGCUUCUCACCACGUCGCGAGUCGACACCAAAUGUGAACAUCGAGGCAGCAGAGGAUGAGAAUAAGAAUGCGAUUCCGCCUCAACAGCCUCUGCUUGACCUGCAUGGCUGCCCAAGCACCGAGGUCUCCGAGCUUGGCGCCAGCUCCUCCUCACAUCAUCAUCCACGACGACGAACGCGUACAAUGAGUCAGAAGAAGAACACGCCGGAGAGCCGACGUCGUCGGAGUGAGCUGCUGACGAACGGCGCCGCGAUACCGUCGACGUCAGGUGCCUGUGUGACGGCUCCCAGGAAAACUAGCUGUCACGUGGCGGCACCUCCUAGACGGUCUACACUGGCACCGGGUUCGACGGCGCUGAUGGCGUUGAGUCAGUUCGAUUCGCGUCGAUUCUCCACUAUCGACGGCGCCAUCGGCUUGAAAAGAAGCAGUACGAAGAGGAGGGUGAUAAGAAGUGACCCGAAACAAAUUAUUCAUAUUUUCACGAAUCCAUAUGACCGUUACGUGAAUGGAGGUGUCCGUUUCGACAAUGACGUCAUCGACGAGGGUGGCACAGCUUCUGGAGCGACGACGGGCGGUCUACAGACUCCCCGAAAGAUUGCUGGGUUCAGAAGACGGCAGAGCGGUUAUGGUAUCGCUAUUUCGAGCGACAGUACCGCAAAAAUGCGAUGCCGGCUCCGCAAGCAAUUGUUCAUUCGAAGAAAUAAGGUCUGUGACAUAUCUCUGUUCCUCGCCGUUGUUGGCCUCAUCCUGGUGAUAAUCGACUCUGAACUUACGGCUCUCUCUGGCUCUACCGGUAUUACUAAAGACUCCCCCAUCUCAAUAAUCCUGCGCUCCGCCUGCGUCGUCUCCACAUUUUUUUUGAUCUGUUGUCUGGUGAAUUAUCACGCGAUCGAGGUGAAAAUCGCGUUGAUCGACAGUGGAGCGGAUGACUGGCGAGUGGCGUUUAGUACGGAUCGAUUUGUGAAAAUGUUGAUCGAAGUGUUGGUCUGUAUGAUUUGUCCGUUCCCUGAAAUCUUCUCCGACGGUCUCAUGCGAAUGCCCUAUAUCAAUGCGGACACCCGACAGGUCAAAAUGAUCAACGUCCCCGUGGAUGUCCUACUGUCGGUCCCCAUGUUUCUACGCUCCUAUCUAGUUUGUCGCUUUAUGGUUCUACACAGCAAACAGUUUCAGGACGCCGCCACCCGGUCAAUCGCCGCACUUAACCGUAUCUCCAUGGACUUUCGAUUCGUGAUCAAGACUAUGAUGGCUGAUCAUCCACUUCGUGUUCUUAUAGUCUUUACACUGUCCUAUUGGAUGUGUAUGUCUUGGAUGUUUACGCAGUGUGAGAGAUACGACGGUCAACUCGACGUGGAGCACUACUACCUCAACUCAAUGUGGUUCAUCAUGGUCACCUUCAUGUCCAUCGGCUACGGUGACAUCGUUCCGAACACCUAUUGCGGACGCUGUCUUUCGAUUACCACUGGUAUUGUGGGCGCCGGAGUCUCCUCUGCGUUGAUCGCUAUUAUCUCGCGGAAGCUGGAAUUGUCGAGAGCGGAGAAGCACGUGAAUAACUUCAUGGCCGACUCGAAAUUGACGAAUCAAAGGAAGAAUGCAGCGGCCAGUGUGCUUCAGGAGACGUGGUUCAUCCAUAAAUACAAAAAAGCGUUGCACAAAGGCGACGACCUUCGUCUCCGUCACCACCAACGUCGCUUUCUCCACUCGAUCAACGAAUUCCGACGCAUCAAGUGGGAUCAGCGAAAGCUCCAAGAGAAAGGAAACUCGCUGCUCGACGUCGGAAAACUUCAUAGCGAUAUGCACGAGACCCUGUGGGAAAUGCAUCGCACCCAAGAUCACUUCAUCUCCCAGAUCGACGUGCUCACCCAGAAAAUUAUGGAACUCCAGUUGACACUUAACACCCGUCCACCGUGUUGCGCCGCCCCGGUCACCUCAUCUCAAGACGCCUACUUCUCCACCUCCACUCAACUUGGUACAGUACUCCCCACCGUAAUCCCGACGAUCCCGUUACCAAGUCAAUCCCCAAUGCUUCAUGCUAGCCAGUCACAUCGUGAACCCCUACAAGUCACUACCACUGACGCCGCCCUCCCGAAUUCUGCUUCGAUUCCCAGAAUCUCUGUGGGAUCUACCACGUCGUCAGCGUCGUCAGGGAAUGGGUCACUCCCUCAGUGUACUGUAGAUCAGUUGUCGAACUGCCCAACCGGUGGCAUCUACGCUACAGUAACCACCCCGUUGAUCUCCAAUUUUGAGGAGGUCUAG